UCGGGAAACCCACUUUCUCCUCAUAAAGUUACGCUCUCAACACACUUUCACUGCCUUCGGCGGCAAUCAUCUCAGAGUCGCAAUCCAAGAUGGCUCGUCCGUAUCCCAGAAGAAAACCCUCCUCCUCCUCCAGCCACGACUCACGCAGCCGGAGGAGUAACGAUUCCUACGCGUCGCACUCAACGGCACCUACGUCGCUCUAUUCUACCCCAUGCCCCGCAGACUGCAAGGUCUCACCAACAUCAACAAGCAGCCAAGCUGCUGCCGUUGCUAACGGGUACCAACACGCCUACGACUCCCGUGACGAUGUCAGCCCUGCCACUUCUCUGUAUCCGCGUUCCUCAGCCGAGACGUACGUUUCGACGACGGCGUCAUGCGAGGAGCUGGAUCCCCUGGUCCUAGAUGAGGCUGUGGAUGACGUGACGACCGCCAUCCCGCCGCUUCCCGUCUACCGACGCGAGGUUGUCGAGCCGAAUGUCCGGAUAUCGACCCCCCAGGACUUUGCCAAGCUCUUCCCGUCCAUGAACCGCCUGACGGUACGGCACGACGAGUUCACUUCGGAUGGGAACAUGAACCUGCGCAUCGACACGGUGGUGACGGGUCGGAGGAGGACGGCGAUUCAGCUCUUCCACCUGCGCAUGUACGAUCUGGCUAGGCGGGAGUUCUCACUGCGCCGAUAUUCACGGGACUCGGGGCGGGAGGUAUGCAAUUCUAAGCUCAAGUUCACCGAGCCCGCCGCGGCGAAGCCCAAGACGAAGGAUGAGCGGCCGAAGCUGCAGAAGCGGUCCGUGUCGGCGGCUAUCAAGUCGCUCAGCGGUGGAAAGCCGGUUCUGCGCCGGGCGAAAUCGGAUAUGGCGGCUCCUGGCCGCCCCGCCACGGGCUACUCGACAUGCGAGGGGGAUGAUGAGUUGUACCUCGACGGGGUCAACCCGUCUCGCCUGUCGCUCGACAGUCGCCUGGGCAAGAGGAAAGGUCAGCGGCCGGUGCCAACCAACACGAUCAAGCUCGAGUUCAGCAACUACGCACGCGUUGACGUCAACCGCCGUGGGGGCAAGGGAAACAAGCGCUACGAGUUUGAGUGGUGGGGUCAUCGGUACAGCUGGAAGCGCGCCGUCGACAAGCAGCUCGGCUCGGUAUCAUUUCACCUUGUGCGGGACGGGAACACGGCCGCGCCGGUCGCACACAUCGUUCCCGAAACGCGGUCACCGGUUCAAGUUGCGGCGGAUGAGACUGCUGGCGGAUGGGUCCCGCCGUGUUUCAUGUGGAUCGCGGAUGAGGCAGUCGUGGAUGCUGUGACGGAUGUUGCUGAUGUCAUCAUGGCUACCGGACUCAUAGCGCUCGUCGACGAUUGCAUCAAGGAGCGAUGGCAGACCAAGAAGGUCCACCGCAUCCCGGUGCCGUUGACCUCCAAGACCGUCAAUCUCGACGCUGUCAGCCCGAAGGCCCUCAUGCAGCACGUGUUUGGCCGCCGGUACUCGAAUGACCACCAGCGGCCCGCCACUCCGUUCAGUCCGCGAUUCGCGGAUCCCAUCCCGACCUAUUAGGGGGCUUGUCCCGUAUCCGGUAUUUCCGCACUCGCCGACCCAGACGCCGGACCCGACACGGCCGACCCCUGAAUCGGCGACACGUCAUUGCUGCCCAAUCGGCGUCCCACACUCUCGGCGAGACGCGCUGUCUCCUCGGCCUGAGA